GACCUUUGCAGCUCCACUCCGCUCCGGCCCAUUGCAAUUUCGCUCUGUACCGCAGCUUUGCUUCGAGGCAUUUGACGUGUUUUGGCCUCUCGAUCGAUCAUUGUGGAAGCGAUUAUGUUGUUAGCAGUGGCCGAGGCCGGGGUGGCGGUCGGUGUGCCUGCGCAGAUUGAAAGAGCUGUUAGAAUUGAAGGAUGUCGUGGUCGCAGGCGAGCGAGUUUGGGCAGAGCUGUAAGGUUUGCCAGAGCACAGGCGUCGAGUUGUUCUGGUGAUGGAGACGAGGCAAGAAGGGCUGAGAUGAGGAAGUCGUUGAGCAGAAGCUGGAGGACCAAUGCCCAGGGUGGAGCUGGUGCUCCCGGCUUGACUUACAAGGAUGCUGGAGUGGACAUUGACGCUGGUGCCGAGCUUGUCCGCAGAAUUGCUGCUAUGACGCCCGGGAUUGGCGGUUUUGGGGGCUUGUUUCCUUUUGGGGACUCGUACUUGGUGGCCGGAACUGAUGGAGUGGGAACUAAAUUGAAACUUGCUUUUGAUCUGGACAUUCACGAUACCAUCGGCAUCGACCUGGUGGCGAUGAGUGUGAACGAUAUCAUCACUUCUGGUGCGAAACCUAUGUUUUUUCUUGACUAUUUCGCAACCAGUCGACUUGACGUAGACCAGGCCGAGCAGGUUAUUAAAGGUAUUGUGGAAGGAUGCAAACAGUCGGAUUGUGCCCUUCUUGGAGGAGAGACAGCAGAAAUGCCAGACUUUUAUGCCGAAGGCGAAUACGAUUUGAGCGGCUUUGCUGUCGGUAGCGUCAAGAAAGAUGCCCUGAUAGAUGGGAAGAAUAUAAAAGUUGGAGAUCAAAUCAUAGGUUUGGCCUCCAGUGGUGUGCAUUCCAAUGGUUUCUCCCUUGUCCGCAGAGUUCUCGCAAGGAGUGGAGCGACUCUGUUUGAUGCCUUACCUGGUGCUGAAGCAACAACUAUCGGAGAGGCUCUUCUUGCCCCGACAGUCAUCUAUGUAAAGCAGGUGCUUGACAUCAUAUCCAAGGGUGGAGUGAAGGGCAUUGCCCAUAUAACUGGUGGGGGCUUUACGGACAAUAUUCCACGAGUUUUUCCAUCUGGUCUGGGUGCUCACGUUAAAGUUGGUGUUUGGGAUGUUCCUCCUAUUUUCAAAUGGCUACAGAAAGCUGGAGGUGUGGAGGAGGCCGAGAUGUUCAGAACCUUCAACAUGGGAAUAGGGAUGAUCCUUGUGGUCAGUCCUCAGGUUGCAGAGGAGAUUGUUUUGACAAAUAGCAAUGCGUGUCUUUUAGGCCACGUCGUGGAAGGAGACGGUGUGACCUACGGGAAAUGAGUUGAUACUCCAGUCUGUGGCUCUUGAUUGGAAUUCUUCUUCUUUCUCAGCUACCCUUUCUUGUACUUUGCAUUCAGGAAAUAAUUUCUGUUUGUAUCGGUGGAGUCAGAGUAGCUUUGAGUCGUGACCAUUCUCCGAGGAUUUGAUCGGAAAGAAAGGGAACAACUCAAUAAUUUUAACAUCGUUUAUUCGCAGUGAGUUAGGUCGGCGAAAUAGUUAUUUUGGAAGUGCUAAAAUUAGCACUUUCGGGCAUUUUUGACUAAGCAGAGUUUUUUUUUUUUUAGGAAAGUGUGUAGAACAUAGCUGAUUUGCCAAAUUUCUGAAUUCUAUUGCUCAACAUGUGUGGGCCACAUUGUCAGGAGAGGGAAUAAUACAUAACUGCUCUAUUUAAAUCUCAAAGACGUCCCUAACUUUUCCGAUCAUGCUGUACUUGAGAAGUGAUAUGGUGAAGGCGCUUCUCCAGUGUAUAGAGAAGUUGCUCGUGUAGAUGUCGACUUGGUCUGAAAGAAGUACAUCAUCAAGUAGUGUUUCCAAACCACUUGCUACAUCACCGGAUGUGAGGUGCCCCAUUAGUGCCCCACUACCCGGAUUGCGGACAGUGUUGAGCAAUAUUGAUCACAGCCGAUAAAUUUGAUUAGAAUUAGGGAGGUGUUCCGUUCACAGCCAUUCGUAGUGUCGGUGGGGAGAGGAGAUCAGUGAGUUAACCUCCGUCCUGUAAAGAAGUACAUCAUCAAGUAGUGUUUCCAAACCACUCGCUACAUCACCGGAUGUGAGGUGCCCCAUUAGUGCCCCACUACCCGGAUUGCGGACAGUGUUGAGCAAUAUUGAUCACAGCCGAUAAAUUUGAUUAGAAUUAGGGAGGUGUUCCGUUCACAGCCAUUCGUAGUGUCGGUGGGGAGAGGAGAUCAGUGAGUUAACCUCCGUCCUGUAAACUUCAUCGUGCAAGCACCAAGAUGAGAAGCCUGAUGACAUGCAAUCACCAAGUUUAGAAGUUUUGUUUUAUAGUUAACAUUCAUGGGUAGUCUAACUGUUCCACUGAUACUCAAAUUGAAUUGGUGAUCUCAACGGGCAUGACAUAAGUGUAAAAUACUCUCAUCUUUUAAUCAUCAAAACCUUGCAUGCACAUGUAGCUUUUAU